CCCGAAUUAACUGGCCUUCUGCCUGUUCCUGCGUACAAACUGCAAAAUGCCACACCUAUAGCGCGCGAUGUAUGCUCUGACGGGAAUGUAUGCAUCCGCGCACUUUCUACAGGCUCCAGUCUUCGUCCACCUAUACUCGAUUCGUCAUAAUAUCAGCCAUUUGCCCUAAUGUCAGCCAUAAGUUCAGAUUGCAAGUCCACGUCACAAGGAGCUACGUCCGAACCUGCGAUUUGUCGUGAUUAUCUUCGUAAUGUGUGUAAGCGCGGCCGCAGAUGUAAAUUCUGGCAUCCUCCUCAGAUGGAAUGUGACAAAAUACGGCGUUCGGAACGGAUUUUCUGUCAUGACUAUCAAAAUUCCAUAUGUCGUAGACCAGCUUGUAAAUUUCUACACUACAGUCGUGAGGAUGAAGAGAUCUUUCGUCUCACCGGACUUCUGCCAAACGAACUCGAUCAAAAUCAUGAUGGAUCGAAUCCUAACUCAACGAUCGAGGAGAUGCCGCCGGUUUGCAAGGACUAUCUCAACGGCAUUUGUUCACGUGGUCCCGCUUGCAAGUACCGCCACAUUUCCACCCCAAUGGACAAACGACCACUCCGUGCAAACAUGGAUAACUUGACUCAAUUUCGACUGGAUCACUUACCAGAAGACCCAAACACAGCCUUAUCAUCUUCCCGUAGUGCACCCAUGCUCUCGAAUCAGAUCAGCUCCAGAGGAGUUAUUCCUUUACAACCACCCACUGCUACAGCAUUAAUGGCUGUUGCUACGUCCCUUCCCAGUUCUGAUAGAUCUCAUCCAUCGCAACCACUUUCCAUUAGUUCCAAUAUCGUUUCAGCCUCAGACUCAAUUGCAACUCCGAUGAAAGACAUGUAUGUAAGUAGCAAUGCACAACCUGCGCCACUUGUUGGUGUUGUGGAUCAUGUGGGGCUGUCGUCUUCCAAUAUCCAGCACACGUUGUAUGCCCAUCCUCAUAGUUUGGGAACAUUCACUCCUUUGGUAUCAGUUUCCAGCACUAGUCAACCCGUACCCUGUUCUUCAGUACUAGCUGUGGUCGCAGAAUCCUCUCAUCACCCGGCGGCGGUGCUGCAACAUCCUAAUGCUGUGGCUACAUCGCAGACAACUUACCAUUUGCUUUCAAAUACCCCUACACCUAUACAGCCACAUUUACUCUCAUCUAGUUCCUCCGUGUCCUCAGCACCAACUCUCCUCACAAUUCCACUACCUCAGUUCGCCUGUGACAGUACAACCACUGGCGCGCUACUCAGCUCCCAUGGAAAUUCCGCGUGUACGACCCACCAACAUCCCAGUGUUCUGACCAGUGUGUUGCCCGCAAGUGGCGCACUAACAAACACUUCUGGCACAUGCUUUUCUUCCUACAAUGUCCUGCAAAUUACGCCUUCGUCUGCUGUAGAAACGCAUGCUGUUCCAGUAUUUGCAACUCAGCACCCGGUUUCCGGAGCAGUAACCACCUCGGUUUCUUCGUCAACCUCUGCUGUCCUAGCCGCGGCAGCAGCUGCUGGUUACUGGGCCCAACACCUCCCAGUCGUAGGUGGCGCACCCGGUAGUGUUAGUGUUUCUGCUUCACCAUCACGCCUUACGCCAACAGUCAGUGGUGGGAACCUUCGUUACGGUUUAAAACACGAUCUAAUCGAAAGCGGUAAUCAUGAUUCUGCGGCACUUGCUGCCGCUGCUAACCUUCCAGCCGUCUCAGCCGCUGCUGCUGCUGCCGUAGCUGCUGCCAAAGCCUUUGUGGCUCGGACUACUCCUGUGUCAUCUGAUCAUGCGGUUUGCUCCUCUGACAAUCCCCAGUGCCGUGUGAAUAAUUUUCAAGAUUCUGCUAUGGUACAAAAUUCCAGUCAAGUGAAACCUCCUGCAAGCAACACUGAUGAGUCUCAAGGAGUACACCAUCAAGCACCUGCGUGCUGUCUUACUGCUACCAUAAACACAGCCACUAUGACUACUGCAACUGUCACUGGGCCACAGUCGCAUUCACACACCGCUCCACCGGCGGUCACAUCCUCGCACCUAUCAUCCUCCAGCUCCUGUUUCCUUCAUCCCAACGAAGAAGAGGAAGAACAACAUGCAAAAACCGCCGCAGCGGUUGCCGCCGCUGCUUGCAUCGGUAGGUCUUUUUGGCUACGUGCCAUGUUUUCACAACCCCUGGGUACUGCUAGUUCAACAUCGUCCUCUGUGGCAGCCAUGUUGGGAGACCUAAUGGGGCAAAAUCACCUUAAUCUGAAAUCCACCCGAUCAAAUCAUCAUUCUGGAGAAUUCAAUCCCCAAUCAUCACGUUCCUUUCCCGAUGACUACAAAUCUGCUAUGCCAGAAGAUAACGAUGACAGCUGUCACGCAAAUGAGGGGGAUAGCCGCGCGUUUCCUGGCGAUGGACCUCUAUGUGCACACGAAUGUAACGAUCAAAGCAGCCUGUCCGUAUCACAUACAACUAACGACUCCGCAGAUGUCUCCGUAUCAAUGACAGAUGGACGGGCUUUCAGCCAUCCACACAUGGAAUUCGCCAAUUCCUCUGCUUGGUCAAGUGUUGCAACCACUGUCGCCUCCGCUGCCCAGGCAGCUGCAGCAGCGGCAGUGGUCGCCACGCAAGCCGUCACCCGGUCAGCCAAAUUCUAUCAACUUGCCCGAAAGAACCAGCAUCAAUCGGAGGUGUCCUCUCGAGCUACUUCCCAUCUAGGGGCAUCGGACGAUACUACAACGGGUGACCCAUCAAGCCAGUCUGCAGCACAGUCGCCACCAGCCGAUCCAGGCCGCCCCAGUCUCUCGCCCAAUACCGCCGUUACGAUGACUGCUGCUGUUAUGGCCGCUGCCGCGGCUACGGCUGCCGCCAAGCAGCAUCGAAUCCUAUCUGGAGUACGACAUUCUCCAUACGCUGAAUGUGCGGAAACUCCUUACGUCAAACAACCCAGAAUUACCUUACAACCCAAAGAAUUCUCUGAUGCCGAGGAUUCGGAAUAUUCUAUUACUUGUGAUGAUGCCGAUCGGUAUACCCAGCUGAAGCGGAUAUUAAAAGGUCGUUCUGCUGCGAGUAUGUACGGUUACGUUAGACUGAGGCGAAACUCACUUGAAGUUGAGGAGGAUGAGGAGGAUCCCGAUGCUUUCGAAGAUGACGUCGCUACGGCCAUGUCUAUCGCACUCUCUCCGGAAGUGACACCGCCCUAUGGAAUUCCAAUCAAACGAAAAAAACACCACCACCGCGACUCAAUGUAUACUAACCAGACUGAUGAUUCGCAUCCGGGAUCUGAAUACACUAGUCCGUCGGACACUUUCGAUGGGGAACAUUACCACAAUUCAAGGCAAAACAAUGAAAGUCAUAUCCAAACAGAACAUAAACUAAGGUCAUCCAUUAACUGUUUGAACCACACACGUGGUGGAUUGAUAAAUGUUCCUAUCAGUACCGAAACGAGUGACGUGCCUUGUAUCCCAAAAACGGUUUCGCCAAGCACAGGAGCCAUCACUACAUCGAAUUUCAGUCCGCUAAGACCCCAGCGUUGUCGGUCUCAGUCAAUCACCAUCUCAUCAAGCGGUCUACUCCCAACAUCCCUUCGACGAGCACAUUCAGCCCCUUCCUUGAGAUCAGGAGUUAUUUCGACCCAGCUCAUCAUUCCUUCUGAUGCAUCGCGCGCGCGGUCAACUAUUCAAAGUAGCAUAACCUCUGGGAUAACAAAGAAUACACGUGAGAUUGCACCAAACUUAUCGUCACCGUCUGCAAAUGAAUCCCACCCACUUAAUUUGAAAACUGUCCACACCCCCAGAUCUCCUUUUAAACCACAUCUUCCGGUAUCUCGUCUAGCAUACGACCGAAAGCCUCAUCCACGCUCUCCACACAUCAAACCCGGUAUCCUCUCACGGUCUGCGAAAUCCACCAAGAAAUUAGUUGUGCAGCAAAGAUCAGAAACACGGUCUCAGGCAACGGCAUCUCCUGACUCCAUCAUGACAGAGGAUCUUAGCGGCCAUGAUGAUAUUGACGAUCCGGAAUUCAUAGACACCGAAGAUUAUGACGAUGAGUUGUUUGACCUACGAUCGAGAAACCCGUCGUUAAAACGACCAGCACCACUGGGGAGAAAUCGAUGGAGGAUUCCUGGCCGUCUACCGAACUGUUCAGCAUCUAUGAGACAGCACCAUGCACUUAGGGCGGAAAAUGCCCGUUUACGUCGUAAACUGUCUGAACUGAUGCGGCAGCGUGGAGACCUCCGAGCUGCGAACGAAAUUUUGCUAGAACAAAAUGCUCGGUUACGUCACUCGAGUAAACGGGUCUCAGCAGUCGCUCGAAUGGCCGAAUCAGCCACCAAGAUAAUCGAGGCUCAUAGCAAAUCUCAGCUUUCGCAACCAGCUCAUCAACCCCUAACACCUUCUGUCUUUCCUUCGGUGGAUCCGCAAAUGUCACAGCUGACGAAUCGGUUUUCGCUCACUCAUGCUGCCGCUGCUGCUGCUGCGGCAGCAGUUGCACAGCAGGAACAACAUUCCACCGCUCCGACUAUUCAUGGUGUUUACGUAUCGUCCCCCACGACGUCCACCACGCAGCAAGCUUCACAGGCUGUCACCGCCCUUGGAGGUCAUCAUCCUAUUUUUCCUUCGGCUAUGGUCACUGGUAGUGUACCUGGUGCUAUAGCGCUGUCUAACUCCCACCAGUCUCUGGCUGCUGUGCAAAUACGAGCAUCUACGGAUUCCCUGGUUCCUACUUCCGUGGCUCCACAACCACAGAACAUAGUACAGCAACAAUCCAUGGAUGGUCAACAACAUCCCGUGUCAAGUUUCUAUCAACAUCAUAGUUCCAAUGCCAGCGCCCUCCAAAUGGAUGUAGACGCUGCCAAGCAGUGGUCGUUGGACUGGCACCUUCCUCUGAAUGAUGAAAAGUGCGUCCAUGUGUCGUUUGGAGGGGAUUCAGCGAAUGCCUUUGUUAUGCAUGGUGAAAAGGGACCAGAAAACAUCAUGAGGAUAGAUGCCAAAAAAGAUUUAGGCAUCUGGGUCUCCUCAAACUUGUCCUUCGCACUACACCAUGAGAAAUCGGCCCAAAAGGCAUUCGCCGUUUUACGGAUGAUCCGACGUACCUUCUCCCGUAUUACUCGCAUGGACUUCCAAAUACUCUAUGGGGCCUACGUCAGACCGCUCCUGGAGUACGCCAACCAAGUUGUCUACUCAGGACGUACGAAAGACGUUACCCUCAUUGAGCGUGUCCAGCGGGCCGCCACGAGAAUGGUUGCCGGCCUCAAGUCCGUGGACUACGAAACGCGUCUCGCGACGCUUGAUCUCUUUCCCCUGGAGUACCGUCGCCUCCGAGGGGACCUAAUUCUUACCUACGCCCUGUUUGAACAAAGCUUGGCAAACAGGUUUUUUACCGUUGACCCAGCAAACACCCGGCGGGGACAU